UUGGUUCAAUUGAUUCAAAGCUUCGAAAAGCUCAGUUUCUCUCAUUACUAUGGCCCUGCCUCAAAUGGCGCCAUUCAUGUGGACUUUCGGUCUCGUGGCCUUAAAUUGCGCGUGCUUGCUUAGUCUAUGAGUUCCCAUCUGUCAUUUUUAUGCUGCAAAGUGUGCUCAUCAGUGCCCCCUUUGAACCCUUGAUACCCGCACUGCCGCAGGCUUCGCGCACUCUACAAACCCAGAAAUCCUUGCGAAAGAAAAAUCAGACCAAUCAGACGACGCGUGAGUCUGUCCCAAAAUAGUAUCUCCUGUUCCUUCCUCUUUCUAAAAUGCAUAUACGUGUGAGAUCUGAAUGUAAGAAAAUUAAACAUUAGCAUGCACACAGAAGUUUAUUUUAGCUGCAGAAGAGCACGCAACAGUGUAUUUGUCAUUUUACUACAAAGUGUUCUUCAGCUUUAAUGAGUUUUUUUGGACUGAAACCACUGGAGAAAAUGUUUUACAGAUUUUUGUUCUGUUUGUUGGUGUGGCGUCUGACUGGUGUGUUUGGUGAUGAAGUGAAGUCAGUGUCAGUGAUGGAGGGAGAUUCUGUUACUCUACACAGUAAUAUUGAAAUACAGACAGAUGAUCGGAUAGUGUGGAGCUUUGUAACUGGGGAGGCUUACAUCGCUAGAAUUUUUAAAAGGUUCAGUGAUUUCUUAAUAUAUGAUGAUGUUCUUGAUGGAAGAUUCAAAGACAGACUGCAGUUAAAUGAUCAGACUGGAGAUCUCACCAUCACAAACAUCACAACUCAACACACUGGACUUUAUGAAAUGGACAUCAGAUACAACAGAAAGAUCUCAUCCAGAUUCAAUGUUACUGUCUAUGCUUGUCUGCCUGUUCCUGAUAUCAGCAGAGACUGUACACAAAACUCUUCAUUAGCCUCAAAAUGUGUGUUGUUGUGUUCAGUGUUGAAUGUGAGAGAUGCGAGUCUGUCCUGGUACAAAGGAAACAGUUUAUUGUCCAUCAUCAGUGUGUCUGAUCUCAACAUCAGACUCUCUCUACCUCUGGAGGUUGAAUAUAAAGAUACAAACACAUACAGCUGUGUACUCAACAAUCCCAUCACAAACCAAACUCAACAUCUCAACAUCACUCAUCUCUGUCAGCCGUGUUCAAACUCAAUACUUGUCAAUUCUUGGACUACAACUGAGGCUGUGAUCCGAUUGGUCAUCUCUGCUCUGGUGGGCGUGGCUGCUGUCGCUGCUUGUGUUAUUUUGAUUAAUGGCAUCAGAUCCAGAAGAGAUGAACAGAAGAGAAGAUCAUAAAAAUCAACAUCAGAUUCUCACUCAUCACAUCUGAAAGAUUCAUAUCCAGGUGUUUAGAGAACAAAAUCACAACUAAUGGCCAAAACAUUAAAUCAUCUUAUUUUCCUACUUCCUUUGUAAUGCAUUUUAAAAUAAUUUAAGGGACUUCAUAAAACUCUUAUUGAUUCUGAUUGGUUGAUCUGUGGUUAAAGUCUGACGUCACAACACUGCUGAAGCUUAUCUAGUGUCUGAACAUCAAAACAUAUUCAGCUUUUAACAGAGAUUAUAAUGACUACCGCUUGUGUUUGAGUCUGGAUCAUUGGAGUCUAUUUUAAAUGUUUAAGGAUCCUGGGUCUAUAUUUAUUGUGUAAUACAAGCACUGAUCAACUUUAUCACUUUAAUUUUUCAGCAUAUUAAAGAUGAACAAUAGUUUCUUUAAUCACAGGACAACUUGAUAUAUUAACCAUUACAAACAGUUUGCAUUGAAGUCUGUGGCUUUGGAGAUUUUCUAAAAUUCUGUCCUGGAGUUAUUUUAUUAAAUGAAACGAUAUCAGAUGUAAAUAAUAAUGUAAGGUGUCAGUCGUAUAUCAGUGACAGAUUAGGCAUUACAGAGAUGAACACACAUAUAAUGAUA